UUCGCGCUUGUUACGGGAUGCAGCAGUGGCAUAGGAGAACAACUUGCAAUUGCGUUUGCUGAGAAGGGAAUCACCGUUUUGGCCACUGCUAGGCGAGUUGAGUCCCUCCAGGAUAUCACCAGCAAGUAUGCAAACAUCGAGGCAUUUGCUCUAGAGCUCGGCAGCAUGGCGAGUAUCGACAAGUUAAAAGCCGAAAUCGACAACCGUACGGGCGGUCGCUUAGAUUACUUGGUGAACAAUGCGGGCACACAUUACGCGGCCACAGCCCUUGAUCUCGACGUGGAAGAAGCUGCGAAGCUGUUCGCGGUCAAUGUCUUUGCAGUUAUGAAACUAUGUCAGCUAUUUAUCCCGCUACUCUGCGAAGCGCCUCAUGGACGGAUUGUACAGAUUGGAAGCGUGACGAGAGCCGUUCCGGUUGUUUGGCAAGCGGCUUAUAAUGCAUCCAAGGCCGCUCUCAGCCAAUACACGAAGACACUGCGACUUGAGAUAGCACCCUUUGGAAUUGACGUCAUUGAGGUGGUUGCUGGCUUCGUCCGCAGCAAUAUCCUGCAUCAUGGUCUAUAUGCCCCGGAGAAUUCGUUAUAUCUACCCAUAAAGGGCACUAUCGAGCGUAUCAAAUACGAAGGAAACGCAAAUGGCAUGAACACGCGCGAAUUCUCUCGGAUUGUCGUUGACAAAGUUACUUGUCGAAGGCCGAGUCUUGAAAUAUGGGAAGGAACGCUGGCAUGGAGGCUGCGUCUCCUUGUUACCCUUUGGCCGCUGCGUUUUAUGAAUUGGAUCCUUUCUAGGGUGUACAAGCUAGAACUCCUGAAUCGAUCUGUCAUCCUUGAGAAAGAUAGCGAGGUGGGACGGCCUAUACGUUUGCACAACCUGCGACAGGAACAAGGGGUUAGCUGUUUAGCCGAUACUGAACGACACCUCUCGACAGUUCGUCUCUCUUUACCGGCCAACUACCUCAACACCAGACGAAAUGCAUUUUCAAACGAGACAGGGCGCGAUCAUCACGCAAGGCUGGUCACAAUAUUCCAUAUAACCAUGACGCAGUUUCUUCUCUCUAUCAUA